AUGCUUCUGAAUUGGUGCUGUUUUUUAGCAUUUCUACUUUCAUGCUUAGGUAAAUUCACCGAAGGCCUGAACGCUUUAGAGAAUGCAGGACCAUUAUCGCCAUUGAAACCAAAUGUUUUACAAGACAAAUUUGCGUCUUACUAUGUGAACAAUACAAUUAGUGUAAAAGGUAUUACAAUUGGUGGCUGGUUGGUUACAGAGCCUUACAUCACGCCAUCAUUAUACCGUAAUGCUACAUUACUGGCAAAACAACAAAACUCUUCCGACAACGUCUCCAUUAUUGACGAAUUCACUCUUUGCAAAACUUUAGGCAAUGAUGCCUCUUUAACAUUAUUAGACAAUCAUUUCAAGACCUGGAUUACUGAGGAUGAUUUUGAACAAAUUCAAGCCGAUGGUUUUAAUUUAGUGAGGAUUCCUAUUGGGUAUUGGGCAUGGAAACAGAAUACUUCUGAAAGCUUGUACAUAGAUAACAUAACCUACAAUGAUCCAUACGUAAGUGAUGGAUUACAGUUGAAAUAUUUGAAUCAAGCUCUCGAUUGGGCACAAAAAUAUGAGUUAAAUGUUUGGAUAGACUUACAUGGCGUUCCUGGAUCACAAAAUGGGUUCGAUAACUCUGGUGAAAGAAUGCUUUAUGGUGAUCUCGGUUGGUUAAGAUUAAAUGAUACUAAAAAGCUGACCCUGGCAGUUUGGAAUAAAAUGUUCCAAACUUUCUUAAAUAGAGGUGACAAAAGUCCCGUGGUGGGCCUUGAAAUCGUAAACGAGCCACUCGGUGGUAAAAUCAACGUGUCAGAUAUAACUGAUAUGUACUAUGAAGCCUUCGACCAAUUCAAAGAACACCAGGAUUUGAGCGACAACACAACAUUUGUUAUCCAUGAUGCUUUCCAGGGCAUCGGUCACUGGAAUUUGGAAUUGAAUCCAAAUUACCAAAACGUUACGGAUUACUACUUUAAUUUGACCCGUGCAAAUUAUAGCUCCCAAGAUAUUUUGGUUGACCAUCAUCAUUACGAAGUCUUCACUGAUGCGCAAUUGGCCGAAACUCAAUUUUCACGCAUUGAAAACAUUAUAAACUACGGAAAUUCCAUUUAUAAGGAACUUUCUUAUCACCCCGCAGUGAUCGGAGAAUGGUCAGGUGCCAUUACGGAUUGUGCAACCUGGCUGAAUGGAGUAGGAGUGGGCGCACGAUACGAUGGCUCAUAUUACAACACAACGCUGUUUACUACUGGCGAUAAACCAAUUGGUAAAUGUACCUCCCAAAACCCCUUAAGUUAUUGGACACAAGAUUACCGUAACCGUGUGAGACAAUUCAUAGAAGCACAAUUAGCUACUUAUUCGGCAAAAACAACAGGAUGGAUUUUCUGGAAUUGGAAGACCGAAGAUGCUAUAGAAUGGGAUUAUUUGAAGUUGAAAGAGGCCGGCCUUUUCCCUUCCCCCUUCAAUAACUAUGAAUACUUCAAGACGGAUGGUUCCAUUGAUGAAGAGUUUUCAUCCUCAUUGUCUACACAAGCAUUCCCAAGGACCGCAACGUCCGCUUUCUCCUCUGCUACGAGCACUUCCAUGAAGAGUAAGAACUUUGCAAGCUCGAAUAAACUAAAAGCGUCACAAAUGUUAUCAAUUGAUAGCAUGAGUUCAAUAUGGAAAAUGGGUAUGUGCGCGUUCGUCAUCACAGUUUUUUCUUUUUGCAUGUUACUCUAA